AUGGAAGGGUUGUUUAUUAAACCAAAUUUAGAAUUGGUGGAUGUAGGGAAACUUGUUUUCGAACUAUAUGGUUUAAAGUUAAUAGAAAUGAAACCAUUAGAAAGUUAUGACGACACUAAUGUUUUUAUUCGCGUAGACCCCAAUAUUCAUCAGAAUAAGUUUUUAACCAAGAUAGAUACUAAUGGAUACACAUUAAAGAUACUCAAUUCACAGAAUACUAUAAACCAACCUAUUGAGUUGCAGCAUAGAAUAAUGAAGAAGAUCAAUGAAAGUGGUAUUAACACAACGGUACCAAUAUUGAAUAUAAAGGGAGAGAACUCAUCAAUACAAUCAUUGCCAGCAAGUCGAGGUGGUAAAGACUAUUUUUUGGUACGUUUAUUUAACUUUAUACCGGGGAUUCCAUACAAGGCAAUCAAUGUCACUCCGGCAUUAGCUUAUGAAGUGGGCUGUCUGGCAGGAAAAAUUGAUCAGUCAUUGAAGAACAUACAGAAUGAAAAUGAAAUGGCCUACAAUGUAUGGAGUAUGACAGCUAUACCCGAUUUAUUGUCAUCUUUACACUACAUUAAGUCAGAAGAGGACAGACGGUUGUUGUCUACGGUUAUUCAGAUGUUCAGUUCCAAGGUCAUGUCGAAGUAUACUACUUGGCCACAAG